AGGAAAUAUCAGGUACUGUACAUGGGGCAGGAAAUCAUUAACAUGCGCGAUACGGCACCACAUUGUUCUGCAACGACUGCAUUUUUUUUCCUUUUCUCCGCGUCCGACGGUUAAUACCUAAAUACUGUAACGUCGUAGCCCGUAGCUCCUAACCGUCGCUGGGUCUAAAACCAAAGUGGUCCCCCCAACAGCAUGGAAGACAAAAAAUGUUCAACGUCAAAUGUAGAGAGGCAUCUUUAACGGCUGGUUGGACGUAAACAACAGCAAACCCCUCUCCCUCCACUGGCGAAAGAGAGUGAGUGAAGCCACAUGCCAUCUUGUCCUACAAACCUUCCCUUCCUAGCCCUAAAAUAGGUUUGUAAAGGACGUAGCCGUCGGCGGUUAACUACAGGAUGUAGUUACCAGCGCAGUGCGAGAAGAGCUUCGGGUCUUUACGUGACUCCGAUAAGACACGAAGUGUGAACUCGUCCCAGUACUGUACCGUAACUGUACGGAGGCUCCACCAUUGGCUCUAACCGACCAUCGGGCCGGGGAGAAGGAGGCGGGGGCGAGCGGCUGAAUGACGGCCGUAGUUGUAUGGGCACUUAAGAGCCGCGACAGCCUCCGGGACCCGCACGGGCCUGCCUAUUUCACGUCUACGCCGUGCAAAGCCGUCAGAUGAGAGAGAAAGAGCGCCCUGUCAUUUCCUUUGCCACCGCGGGAUGUUGCGGACCGCGCGCGGACUGCGUGACGGGACGGCACGGCGUCGAGGCUGAGCGGACGUUUUCACAGGUUGAUUUGGCACCGAGCGGGGACGCCAGCAAAAGUGAAUACACGGUGCUCGUCUCUAUAGGCUGUUCCGAGAACCAGAGGCUCGCAUUAAAAGGAGAAAUAGGCGGCGCCUGCUGAUUCCUGGAAAAAGACAGACCUCCGACCAGAAUGACACAUUCGGCGUCUGCAGGAUGGAGUUUAUUCGAUGAAGUUGACUCUCAGACCUGGGCUACAGGCAGCGUGUAGGAGGCUCGUCCGUCGGCAGAGGACCGUCUGUCUUGCACAUUGUGACAGAUAGCCAAUCAAAUCUGUUAUUCAAAUCGGUGCUGUCACUGACCUAUAUCCCAUGCAUGUGCGCCGAGAGCCCACAGUAACCUCACCACCGGACCAGACAGCAUGGGGAUCAACGGGGUAGACAGUCAAGCGCAGCCGUCCACCGGAGUGUGCCGGACGGAGGAGCCGGCCGCAGAUCCCCAGAUGGAGCAGAAAGAUGCUCCUCGAGAAGCAGACGGGAGCAAGGCUGACCGGGCUGCGGGCAGCGAGUGCAAAAUCGUGCCGGAGGACAGCACCAUGCAGCUGAUCGAGGCCGGGUGCAAGCCGCCCCUCUCCCCGGCUUCUGAUUCCGAGGCGGGGGUCCAGGUGGAGGGGCACGGCCACGGCGCCGCAUUCGUCCCGCCCGAAGGCGGUUUCGGCUGGCUGGUGGUUCUCGCUGCAACCUGGUGCAAUGGGUCGAUCUUUGGGAUUCAAAACUCUUUCGGCAUCCUGCAUAUGAUGCUGGUGAAGGAGCACGCAAAUCCCGACGACCAGACGUCUCAGUUCAAAGUGGCCUGGGUCGGGGCCCUGGCCAUGGGCAUGAUCUUCUUUUGUUCACCCGUGGUCAGCAUGUUCACCGACCACUUUGGCUGUAGGAAAACAGCUGUCAGCGGGGCAGCGCUGGCUUUUAUAGGGUUGCUCAGCACGUCCUUUGCAAACUCCCUGAGCCUUCGUUAUUUCACAUAUGGCAUACUAUUCGGUUGUGGCUCCUCCUUCGCCUUCCAGCCCUCCUUGGUCAUCCUCGGCCACUACUUCCGCCAGCGCCUGGGCCUGGCCAACGGCAUGGUGACGGCCGGUGCCAGCCUCUUCUCCAUGGGCCUCCCGGUUUUCCUCAAGAAGGUGGUGGAACCUCUGGGCCUCAGUAGGACCUUCCAGAUCCUCAGCCUCUUCAUGCUGGUUCAGGCCCUGUUGGCACUGACAUUCAGACCUUUACUGCCUGCUGGAGGAGGCAUGGGACCACCCGGCAUGGGUCCUGGAUCAGCUGAACCCCAAACCCAGUCGGGGUCUACCGCUCAGGGCUGGAGCAGGUGGAGUAGGGUUCUGGCUGGGCUCAAGAAAUACUUCAACCUGCGUGUGUUUCACAUCGUGACAUACCGGGUGUGGGCAUUUGGAGUAGCUACAGCUGUAUUGGGCUACUUUGUGCCAUAUGUCCAUCUGAUCAACUUUGUGAAGAAGCAGUUCAAGGGGACCCAGAAGGAUUGGGUGCUCCUGGUGUGCAUAGGAGCUUCAUCCGGGGUGGGACGCCUUGCUUUCGGCAAGAUUGGAGACCUCAUUCCUGGUCUUCAAAAGAUCUACAUGCAGGUGGUGUCCUUCAUGGCUCUGGGCCUGAUGUCCAUGAUGAUUCCCCAGUGCUCAGUGUUCGAGGGGUUGGUGGUUGUGUGUGUGUUCCUGGGGCUGUGUGAUGGCUGCUUCCUCACCAUGAUGGCUCCCAUUGCAUUCGAGCUGGUUGGGCCCAUGCAGGCCUCGCAGGCCAUAGGCUACCUUUUAGGCCUCAUGGCUCUGCCCAUGACAGCAGGUCCACCCAUCGCUGGUCUCCUACAUGAUUACUUUGGAAACUACACGGUGGCCUUCUCCCUGGCUGGGGUGCCUCCUGUGGUGGGGGGCGUGGUGCUGUUCUUUGUGCCCCUGAUACAUGCCAGGCUCCAGCGAGGUCAGGCAGCGGCGUCACCAGAGGAGACAUCCACGACCGCCCACAUGUUGCCCACUGCGCCACUACCGGAGGAGCCCAAGAGCUGCCACAAUGGAGACAUCCUGCCUGGUUACACCGACGUGGAGACACACAUCUGAGUUGCACCGUACAAAGGGAUUCAGCCCACCAGCACCUUUUCUCAUCCUUAAAUUGCCCUCCUACCAACCAGAGCACUCAACCGUGGACUUCCUGUUGGCUGACCUUUAACCCCUCUGGGCCUUCAUUGGAUGUUUGUUAUUUUCAUGUGGCGAAAGGUCGAAAAGGGCACUCUGGCUACAAGCCGCAGAGAGGACAAAAAGCAGGCACAUCAGGGUAGGAUGAUGGAAACGUUUAAGGGGGAUAAGCACAACACAGUCUCAACUAGGAUUGUUUCAUCAGUGGGGACUCUGUAGUAACACAUGCCUCCAAGAGGAAAGAAAUGAAAAGAUUUUAACUGACAGUGAUAGUUUAUGAUUUCACAGAAUUUAUGACUAUAAAUAUGUAUAUUUAUAGUCAUAAAUAUAAAGAAUAGUCACAUUUAUGACUAAAAAUGACUAUGCUUUGUUUUUAGAUUCCUAAUAAACACGUUGUUAAGAUAAAGAGGCAUAUGAAAAAAUAACUAGUGAAGGGAUAAAUUCACAAUUUCUUUAUGUAGUACCUCGCGCAUCUAAUUUUUUCCAACACAAAGCAGGCUUGCUUUAUUCUGUUCUAUUGUUUUCUGCUGUGACCACUACAACAGAAACGUAUUGUAUGUAUCUGCUGUAAAUGUCACAGGAGGAAAGAGACAGUUUUUCUAAGAGAUCCGCCACCAGACAAAAUCAACUCAACCGCACACUGUACCACACUGUACUCACAGCCAGGGUCUAAAACUUCAGCAAAAUUACUUCAGCUACUCCAACAGCCCACCUGCAUGGGAGAUUGUGUUUGUGGCUGCUGUUGAUUCCACUGAUUCAUAUGCCAUGAACACUAGAGUGUUCGACGUUUCCACAGUUAGUGAUUUUUACAGUGAAUUUGUAGCAUGUGGCAGGUUAACUUAUGCAGUCAAAGUUAAAAGAGGUGAGCUGUGAGAGCUGUGCAUCUCCUGCCUGAAUCACCCAAACUAAACACUACAGUUGAUACAAGAUCUUCUCCUGAGUCCGCCUUAACGUUCAGCUUUUGUUUUUUCAAAGAAACAAACUACGGUUUUUAUUGGCCUUUUAAGGUUUUAGCAGGGUGCUAGACAAAUCCUCAUAUACUGUGUUUUUUUAUGACUUUGAGAAAUAAUUGCAGUGCAGUCCUAAUGGGAGAUUGACAGCCGUUGGUAGCAUAGAUUUUUCUCAUAUUAACAAAAGGCAUUUUUGUCUCUCUUCUUUUUAAAGUUUUCCUCUGUGUGAAUGUGUGUGUGUGUGUGCGUGUGUGUGUGUGUGUGUGCGCGCGCGGCACCGUUACAUCUGCAUUUUGAUAGUAGAGGCAGUUAUGUAAUAUGAAACUACUAUGAUGUUACAAUCUGUUGAUAAGAGGGGACUACUAAGAUUAAAACUGCCAAGAGGCCAAAGCCCUCAUCAGGCCAUCUCACAGAUAAACCAGUCGGUUUGCUGCUUUAGUUUAGUCUCGUCAUGAGGGCCUCACUCACUGUGUCAGCAGUAAUGAGACAAAACGUCACAGCCUCAUUGAGAUAUUCCCUCAGGAGGAAAGUUUGAGUUACACUCUGUGUUUAUAUGCAUAACUGAAUAGCAGACGGGGGAACUGGGAAAAAGAAACACCCUGGUGUUAAGGUGGUAUUCCUUUCUAUCAAUUCCCCUCGUUGCUUUCACUGCCAUUAUUCAGUCGGCUUCUGUGUUACAACAUUUUAGGGCCUGAAAGCUACACAAACCUCACUGCUGAGUGUAGUUUUCUUGGGGGUAAUGCUAUAGGACAAACAGUUCUGAAUAGGAAACGUACACCUACUGUAUACCUCAGUAAUCAGUCAAUCCUCAGCAGUUUAGUUGAACACGGCGGCAUUCUUCAUUAACUGUAUAAUUUCACUGUUCUGUGUGGUGGUUUGUUGGUGCAGUCUGAAUCUCAAAACCACAAAAGCUGCCAAACACCUAUUUUCAAUCAACCGUGCUCCCCCCAAAACCUCAUUAGUGUCUGUUUAAGUACCACAAAACUGUAGAGAUGUCAUGCUUCCAUUCCCCAUGAUCUACCAGUUGGUGCAUAAUAGAUUUAUCCUUCCACCUUUUUUUGCCUUCAUACCCAUCUGCUCUCCUGUUUUUGAUACUCAUCAUUCCCGCCCUCUGUUACCUCUUCCUAAAAAAGUUACUAGUUGUCAUUAUUGUAGCUUCUCCUUAUCAAAGCCUGUUUUUCAUGUCUGUGAUGGAAAAAUUCAGUUAUUUAAAUGUCUAAUAUUCUUAAAUAAAGUUAGAGGAGACACGUAACAAUAAGCAGUGGAGACACAUAGAAUGGUUAAAGAGUGUAAAGCAUGUUUGAAAGCGAAAACAUAGGCCUCUAAUUUGACUGAGGCAGCAUUAAAUUCUCUUGACAGCACCGCUUUUGAUGCUAUUUGCAGCUGCUGUUAAGACACACACACACACACACACACACACACACACACACACACACACACACACACACACACACACACAUACACCAAAAAAUGGUGGGGGUAAUUAAAAUUAUGGGCUGCACGAGCUGUCCUUGUACCACCUAUAUAAGCUAACCAGUAUCAUUGUCAUCACAAUUUAACUUGAUAAUAUUAUUUCAGAUUAGCCAAUUUGAGUUCACUUUUGAGUUUCAUCAUCCCUCAAAACAUAACAGAUCACAUUAACCUGAAGAGUACUCCUCCACAUUAAUAUGGUUACAAACGCCAAGCCCAAUUAAAUCGUCAAAGUAAAGAGACAUCUCUUUUUCACUUUCAUCUAAAGAUGAUGUUUUUACAGCAAAUUUCUGUCACUUCCUCGGUGAAAGUAUAGUGUUGGGCGUUAAUGACAAGUUGCACUAGUUUGCUGCUGCUAAACUAGAGGCCUAUGUCACAAAGUCUUGGAAUCUAGCAAAUGAAUGAGUGAAUGAAAAGUCCACAGAGCAUUUUCCCUCUGGCAGCCAUAUUGGAGGACCUCAGCCUUUUGGUUUAACAGCAGCCGCAAAAGGCUGAUGGUGUUUCUCUGCACGAAACGUAUCGGUCUCAACAAAGUUUACUACAAUUGUUUCAUUUUUGUGCUUUUUUUUUUUU